AUGACGGACACUCAUCUUGUACCGACGUCGAUUCCCGACUCUCCAGCGGCUAGCCAUGCCAUCGCUGUACAAACACAAGGAGAUCCUCCGCUCUGCACCUCGUCCCGCCCAGACUCCACCUGUUCAUCUUGUCAACAUUUAUUCCGAUCUUUGGCGGCGCCGGUCUCUAACCACAACAAAGAUCGGGAUCUGGAUGGGUACACCGACUUAGCUGACCCAGCUUCUCGCUACUAUUCGAGUUAUAUACUGCCUUCAAGGAAACUCAACACGCCCGUUGCUGACACGCGAUACUCUCCACAUACGGCCAGCUAUUCCCCGGUAAAAAAAGCAACGAGUUUAGACGAGGAUGAUAAAGUGAUUACAGGCCCGUUCAACUACGUGUAUGGACUGCCUGGCAAAAAUAUCCGCGCACAAAUGAUCAAUGCUUUCAAUGCCUGGUUGGAAGUUCCCUCAGAUAGCCUGCAAGUCAUUGCUGAUGUGAUCGGUAUGCUACACACGGCAUCCUUGCUGGUUGAUGAUGUCGAGGAUUCGUCACUUCUGCGACGAGGCUUCCCGGUUGCGCAUAAUAUCUUUGGCGUGCCACAGACCAUCAACAGCGCUAAUUACAUGUAUUUCCGCGCACUUGAAAAGGCUCAGACUCUGAAGAGUCCGGACGCUACACGUAUCUUCGUUUGCGAGGUACUGCAACUGCACCGUGGCCAGGGCAUGGACCUCUAUUGGAGGGACUCAUUGGUCUGUCCAACGGAGAGGGAAUACCUGGACAUGGUAGGAAAGAAAACUGGUGGCUUGUUCCGGCUCGCGGUUAAGCUGAUGCAAGCCGAGUCACCAAAGACUGUGCCACAAGGGUGUGUGCCGUUAGCUGAUAAAUUGGGGCUGCUUUUCCAGAUCAGAGAUGAUUAUCAGAAUCUCAACUCCGAAGAGUAUAGUGAUAGCAAAGGUAUGUGUGAGGAUCUGACAGAAGGGAAAUUCUCCUUUCCUGUCAUCCAUAGCAUUCGACACGACCCAACCAACCUGCAACUCCAUCACAUCCUCAGAUUAAAAACUACUGAUCUCGAGGUCAAGCGAUAUGCUGUCAAAUAUAUGGAGGGUACCGGGAGCUUCCAGUAUACCAGCCAGCGCAUCAACGCCUUAAUCACGCAGGCAAGAUGUGCAGCAGAUGAGAUUGAUGGUCGGAGCAAAAGCAGAAGUAUUCAUGAAUUGUUAGAUGGGUUAGUAAUAUGA